AUGGCACGUCCUGUGGAAGAGAGUAUGAAGUUCUCCCUCCAGAGUGUGAAAAUAUCCACUCAGAUUCGAAAGAAAAUGAUCGAUUCUGCCUAUUUGGACAAUGCAAACUUGACAUCUGUAACACUGACUCCCAAUUCUCGUCGUCCAUUGGUUUCGACUCAGCCGUAUGGAUAUCUGCAAGAAUCCUAUAUAGAGCUCCAAAAGCAAUUAAAAAAUGAGCAGCAGCAGGUGAAGUCUGUGAGCGACUGUGAAGUGGAGCUGCGCAUUUGUUUUGACUCUGUUCCUCAGAUUUUCUUUGAUAGCGAUUUCGAUUUGUCAGAUCCGGUGAUGUUCAGCGUUGUGUUGGAUCCCAAUGAGCAUUUCAAACUCACCGGGUAUCUAGACCUUGUGGAGGUCUGCCUGAACGAGCAAAUCUCUAUUCAAUCCGACUCGCUGUUCGCAGCGAUCAAGCAGCUUCAGGAGUUUCAAGUUCAUGUUUCAGAAACUUUGCAGGCGAUUCAUGGCUUAUCAGGCUCUAUGCAAGCGAUCCAGUCGCGGCAUACAAUUCCUCCUCUUCUAAUUCCUGUCUAUUUACGUCGUAUUCAGAAUCUUCGAAAGGUGCAAAAGAUCGUGCUGUUUUGA